UUGUGCCCUUUCGUAAGGUUAGCUCCAAGAUGGCGGCGCUAAUACGGGUUGUCAGCCGGCUUGCCAGGACAAACAGAGGAUGGAGCCGUGGAGUAGCCAGUCUUGCCGACCUGCCAGAGACACAUGACAUGCUGAGGAAAACAUGUCGGGACUUCGCUGACAACGAGCUGAAGCCGAUCGCAGGAGACCUGGACAGGGAGCACAGAUUCCCUACAGAACAGAUAAAGAUGAUGGGAGAGUUAGGACUGAUGGCGAUUGACGUGUCAGAGACUAAGGGAGGUACAGGUCUGGACUACCUGGCCUACGCUGUAGCGCUGGAGGAAAUCAGUAGGGGGUGUGCCUCUACAGGCUGUAUCAUGAGUGUUAACAAUUCCCUUUACCUGGGUCCUGUGAAAAACUGGUCCACAGAACUGCAGCAGGAGACCUUCAUGCAUAAAGACUUCCUUGACGGCAGCAAAGUGGGCUGCUUUGCCCUGAGUGAACCUGGUAACGGCAGUGAUGCAGGUGCAGCCUCCACAGUAGCCAGACUGGAGGGAGACCACUGGGUCCUGAAUGGUACCAAGGCCUGGAUCACCAACAGUUACGAGGCAUCGGCUACAGUUGUGUUUGCAACAACAGACAAGGGGCUGAAACACAGGGGCAUCAGUGCGUUCCUGGUCCCCAUGCCAACAGAAGGACUGACUCUGGGUAAGAAGGAGGACAAACUGGGUAUCCGUGCCACCAGCACAGCGUACCUCAUCUUCGAGGACUGUAAGAUUCCUCGAGAAAACCUGCUGGGACAAGAAGGAAUGGGCUUCAAAAUCGCCAUGCAAACCCUAGAUGCAGGUAGGAUUGGUAUUGCAUCACAGGGUCUGGGUAUCGCCCAGGCCUCACUAGAGCUGGCUGUGGACUAUGCUAUGAAGAGGGAGGCAUUCGGGUCUCCUAUUGCCAAACUACAGACAGUCCAGAACAAGCUGGCAGACAUGCACAUGAGUGUGGAGAGUGCACGUCUGCUCACAUGGAAGGCUGCUGCGUACAAGGACGCCGGCAAGAACUAUAUCAAGGAAGCUGCUAUGGCCAAACUUGCUGCAUCUGAAGCUGCUACAUUCUGUGCACAUCAGUGUAUCCAGGUACUAGGAGGGAUGGGUUACGUGACAGACAUGCCGGCGGAACGGUACUAUCGAGACGCGCGUAUCACGGAGAUCUACGAGGGAACGAGCGAGGUACAGAGGCUGGUCAUCGCGGGGAGACUGCUGAAAGAGUACGCCGACAUUACCAGCUGGUGACAUCACAGACAACCAGACAACCGUUCUCAUCUUGAAAGUUCAUCAGUGUUAACUUGGUAGAAGUCAUCAUGAAGCAAGUUUAAACUGUAAUUUCCAACAGAAGAAAUUGGGCU